CAUCCACAAACAAUCGAUCGCUUUAUAAAACUCGUGCGGUUUCGUAUACCUCCGCUCAACCGGUGUUAACGAAACAGUGGACUGUUAGUUCCCCGACGUAUUAUAAGGAAUGCAGUCAAUUUCGCACUGAAGAAGUUAUAAGGCAUAUGUAAGUGUUAAAAAAUAAGUUGUAAACUAAUCAAUGUAAAACAAUUCGCAUUAGAAAGAUACUGCGAAAUACUGCACACAACUCCAGCAGCAUUCAUCAUGUCAGACUUUACAAAUCAAAAAAGAAUCGAAAUUGAUGAACAUAUCUCUGCAAAUGAAAACCAUGCUGAGACAUUAUUAGAAAACCCGGUUGGUGAAGUUAAGGGCCAUGAAUCAAGAGAAGAAGAUAAAGACCUAGUUACAGAUACAAGCAAUAAGCUGUCAUUGAUGGAUAAAAGUUCCGAACAGUUUGAGACCACCGAAGAUGAAACUGGCUUCAACCAGCUAAAUUUGCAAGAAAGAAGCAAUGCUAACGUUAACGAAUCUUUAGCAGUUGAGUAUUCGGCUAAGUGUGCACCAUGCCAAUGUCAAAACAAGAUUAAUGCAGCUUCAACCCUUUGCACCGAUUGUGAAGAGUUAUUAUGUGAUGGUUGUACGUUGCAACAUAAAUCGCUAAAAGCAACACGCUCUCAUACUCUUCAAGAACUAAAACAAAAGGAAAUGAUUACGGAGACACACACCGACAUGCCAACCUUGCAGGCAAAAUCAUUUUCAGAAAAAAAGACGAAUCAAAGACAACCGGGUCAACCGAGAGCCAGUGGUGUGACAGCUGACACAAUUACACUUGUAUGGGAGAAACCAAUACAAAUGCAAGAUGAUGAUUACUUUCAAAUAGGGUACAAAGAAAUAAAAACAGACUCUAAAUGGGAGAUAUUCAAAGAUGAAUUCAAAGAUUCAACCCAUGAUUUGAUCAGGAUGAAGGCAGACACGUCGUAUAUGUUUCGAGUCCGUCUUGUUUCUGAAUACGAAUUUGGACCUUACAGUGAAGAAAGCGAGGUAGUUAGGACACCUAAAUCUACAGCAACCUAUUUAGUCGAAAACGCUGAAAGAAUUACAGAUGCAACAUCGAUACCAAUACGAUAUGCAUUACCUUUGAUUGAGCUCAAAAGCGCAAGGAAUACGGCUUCAAAAACAAGGAAAUUCGAAGUAAAAGGUCUGCGAGCUACACAAAGCUUAAAGGAGAAGACAUUUCUAAUCAUUGGCGAAACAGGCACAGGAAAAAGCACCCUUGUGGAUGGAAUGGCAAAUUAUAUACUUGGAGUUAAAUGGGACGACCCAUUUAGGUUCAAUAUGGUUAACCUUGAAGAUGAAGAAAAAAUAAAAACGAAAAGUCAGGCGUUAUCUCAAACAGAAUGGAUAACAUGCUACACAAUUCCGGAACAAGUGGGAAGCAGAGUUCCAUACACAGUAACCAUUAUCGAUACACCCGGAUUUGGUGAUACAAGAGGGCUACAACAAGAUCAAAAAAUUGUUAAACAGAUUCGAGAAUUGUUUGAGGCGCAGCCACCAAAGGGCGUCGUUUUUAUAGAUGCCAUUUGCUUUUUAGUAAAGGCACCAGAUGCAAGACUUACUCCUACCCAAAGCUACAUAUUUGAAUCUAUCAUGUCGUUGUUUGGAAAGGACAUGCAGCACAAUAUUUGUGCGUUGAUAACAUUUGCUGACGGAAACCAGCCAUCUGUUCUAGCCGCUUUAAAAGAAUCAAAUUUGCCUUUCGGAAAACAUUUCAAAUUCAAUAAUUCUGGUUUGUUUACAAACAACGAAGAUUGCCAAAGCGGUUUUAGUCGCAAAUUUUGGAAAAUGGGACUCACAAGUUUUAGAGAUCUUUUUCUCCAUGUAGACACUCUUAAUACAAAGAGCUUGCAACAAACAACUGAUGUCUUAAAGCAGAGACAUCGUUUAGAAACAGCACUUGACAACCUUCAGAAAAAGCUUGAGCUUGGACUCGGGCUUGUAAGAUCACUUGAAGGAGAGAUUAAUCUAUUCGAAACUCACAAGGCCGAAAUUGCGCAAAAUCAAAAUUUCACAUACAUCGUGCAAACAUUGAAACUAGAAAAAAUACCGCUCCCAAGCGGUCAGCACGUCACCAACUGCACUCAUUGUCACAUCACAUGUCAUGAGAACUGCGUCUUUGCUGACGACAAUGAAAAGCAAAACUGCGCCGUGAUGUCAAAUGGAAAAUGCACCGUUUGUAAAGACCAAUGUCAUUGGCAAAAACAUGCUAACACAAAAUAUAUUAUUAAGCAUUUCAUGGUUGAUGAAGAACAUACAUAUGCAGAAAAGAAGGCAAAAUACGAAGAGGCUGGUAAGUUAAAACUUUCGCAAGAACAAGUUUUGGCGAAGAUGAAUGGGGAGUUACAGGUAAUGGCAAAUAUAAUCGACGAAAUGCUAAUUGAAAUAAAAGAGUGUAAUUCGAAGCUCUCGGAAAUUGCGCUUCGUCCGAACCCUUUGAAUUUGGUUAAUCAUAUUGAAUUGUUGAUUGAAAACGAAAAGAUGCAGGGUAAGCACGGGUUCCAGGAUCGAAUUUCAGUGCUUAAUGAAUUCCGUAAACGAGCUGAGGCUGGCAUCAAAGGCGCGAAGUUCCGCCAGGCUGCUUCUGCGAUCAUGAUGGUCGAGCCAAAGCAACAGAAUCAAACUGUGAUUCAGAAAUUUUGCAGUUUCUUUGGGUUGUAAAUAAGGUAUUAUAAAGAUAUCGGCUGAUAUUUUUCCAACCUAUGUUUAUAGAUAAGUUUCGCUGAAAAGACAACUAUUUUUAGAAAAAAAAAUGAUUAAAAUGUUCUUUUCUGCAGAAUCAAAGAUUCAUCACAAGAAUGUGUAACUUGGAAAAUCCGAUUAUUAUUUGCAAUAAAAUUUAAAAGUUUCAACAUCGGAGAUCGUCUAAGAACCUAAAAUUAUUUUAUGAAAAUUGACAUAUGGUUUUGUGGUACGUAUCAUGAAAAUUUUGGUUUGUAAACUUUUAAAUACAUUUUUUUUUAAUUUAAAUAUUGUACAUAUUUAUUUUUUGUCAGUCCACAAAAUCGUGUUCACAAAAAGUGGUUUGGUGGGGAUCAUCUUACAGUCAAUAUUAGUAAAAUUGAAAUCGACCAUAAACAAGUCGAAAGACAAAAAGCACUUGUUGAUUUUUUUAGAUCAUAAAUGGAUUAUUAUUCCUAACUUAUCGAUGGAUAAUGUUAGUAAAUAGCGUCUUUAUUUGGUGCAUUAAUAUGCUUAUUUAUAAAUGUAUUGCUUGUCUACAACUAACACAUUGUUGGUUGCGUGUGCUGAAGCAUGUAAUUAAGUGCAUGAAUUUUUGCCAAUCUAUUUAUUCACAACAAGCAGGCAGAAUUAAAAACUAAUAUUUACCAUUAAUAACACCAAGUUGUUAUAGGCUGAACUACUGCAUUCCGAUUAAAGGAUUGGAGACUUAAUUAAAUUAGAAAGUAGUUCAAUUCCAGUCCGUAAUGUUUAUCCGCUAGAUCUAUUAAAAAAAAAAUUAUAUGUGAAAAUUCAUUAUCGCUUUUUAAUUAGCGUUUUAGCACUCAAUGUUGCUGUAAUAAGUGUUAAUUUCUAUUCAAUUUAAUAUUGUUUUUAUCAAUUUAUAUGUAUUAGAGUAUAUUUAUAUAUUUUACUUUUGAAUUUAAGUCAUUUAAGUGAGUUAACCGCUUAAUCCCCCAAAAUAUAUUGCAUUCGGCUUUUGUAUUUGUGUUUGUUGUGUGCUUUUGUUCUGUAACAAUGUUUAUGCAAAAUUGUAUUGUCUCCAUAGAACAUUGUAUGCAUGCAAGUAACGUACAUAAUAGUUCAUGUACAAGUAUUGUAAGCGUGUAUAUAAAUGCAUAAUAUACAGUUGUAAUACAAUUUUUUUUAUAAACAAUGAAUAAAAUUUUAUUUUUCACAACAUUUUGCGCAGAUACUAACUUGCACAUAAAUUCUAAAUACAAUUGUAUAUGUAAGCAAAAUACUAAAUACAGUUUUAAAUGUAAGCACAUAUAUCUUCUAUCUUUAUAACAAUGCACAUACGACAAAUAUGUGUAUCGAUAUAUUUUGGCAACGUUAGCCAUAAAUAGAAGACCUCUUUAUAAUGAUGAUAAGAUUUAUCCAUUAAUAAUGCAAAUGAACUUACUAUGUAUGGCUUCAUAUAAAACUUUUAUAUGGUCAGAAACCACAGGUAAGAUUGGGUGGGCCUAUAUCAAACGACUUCAAAUUAAUGAAAUUGGUUACAAACUUAGCAAUCAGGGGACGGUACAAUUACUUUAUAUCUCUAUAAAGAAGAUAUUGAACAUCUCACAAAUCGAUGGUUAGAUUUCGGAAUAAUAAUGCUGUAAUAUGCCUUAAAGGGGCCUUUUCACAAAUUUUGGCAUGUUUUGAAGUUUGUCAUUAAAUGCUUUAUAUUGAUAAAUAUAAACAUUGGAUCUAAAAAGCUCCAGUAAAAAAUGUGAAUACGAUUAAAGAAAGAGAAAAAGUAACCCUCAACUGGGCUCGCACCACUGACCCCUGGAGUAAAUGGAGUAAAAGUCUAUCGUUUAGACCACUCGGCCCUUCGUCCUUACACAAUGGUUGAUGUAUUUUAUACUUUAUAUAAGCAAUCCUCGUAGUAUCACAAAAUAUAACGACAACAACAAAACUCACCAAAUUAUGCAAUCGUUUCGCGUUGCAACGCUUUAUAAUUUUCAGGUUUUUAAAUCGUCAAAAGAUGCAUAAAAUAUUAUAAUGGAUAUUUUAGAGCAUGGUAAAUGUUCAGUAUUACUGUUUCCUCACAAAAACCAUAACUAAUACGAAAAUUUGCGAAACUGAAACAUUUUUUUUGUCAAUUUACCAAAACGUGAAAAGGCCCAUUUAUGGUAUCUUUGUGACAAUAUAGCAAUCGUCUUUAAAUUGUCUUCAAAAUAAGCGUAAUGCUUCCUGUGCACAUAACUAAAUGUAUCAACUUGUUUAAUUCUACCUUAUAUUGAUUUUUAUUAUUAUCAGAAAUAAAUACUUACCAUAUACAUCAAUUCAGUCAUUGAUUCGACCCCUGUAGCGGAAAAAGCGAUGUAUCAGUCGCACUGAGUGUACAUGUGUGCAUGUCUUGUUAGAACUAUAACUAACUUGUCAUGACUACUUUUAAUUAUCCAUAGCGAAUAUUGCCGAAAUAUGUGCAAUCGAUAAACACCUUACAUUAAAAUACGCAUCGCAAAGUAUAAAAUGAGGUGAAUCAGAUUCAAUAAGAUACAAAUGUGUCCGACGGGCAUUUCCUUUUUGGCAGCGUGUUAAUAGUCUGAUUUAGUCUGUCUACCAGGCCAAACUAUGUUCUAGAAUCAAGAGUGGGAUUUAUAUCAUGUAAUUGGUGAAGAGUAACGUCAUUCCAAAGUGCUUCCCAUUCUACUUUAGAAUAUUCAUUCGGCAACUGAAUAUUUGUUUUCGGGAUAUCACGUGACUCUAUGAUCUAUCGUAUUUAAAUAGACAACAUACAAGCGUAUGGGUGAAUAUAAUGCACUCGGAUCCAAUUUGGCUGCAAGAAUAGCUUACCAAAUGGCUAUGGAUUCAGUGGGAAAUAUUGAUGUUUGUCUAGAAACCUUCUUUAAGCUGGGAAUACACUAAUUAGCUGAUUCCCAAUUAGUCUGAGGAUGAAAGUUACGUUAUUUAAUGCAUUUCGAGGGUUUGUUUUAAUGUGUCGACAAAAGUUAGUUUUCCAAUAAAAUUACUCACAACAACGUUGCUUCGUCAACAACGUCUUUUUCAGAACCUGAAAUGCACCCGAUUGUAAUAGGCGUUUCAAAGUACGGAUACUUUUUGAAACAAAGUUAACAACGGAAAUUUGCAAUAAAUAGAGGCAGUUUUCCAUUUUCCAUCCGUUCAAGGUCAAGGUCAUCCUUCAAGGUCAAAGGUUAAAAAAAAUAUAUUUCAAAGCGGCGCAAUAGGGGGCAUUGUGUUUCUGACGAAUACAUCUCUUUUUUUCUAAUUGAAAUCAAGGUCAAUUUUACCGAAGGGGGUUAACAAUACACAUUUUGAAUUGUCUCCCUUUAUCAGACUUUUUUCAACUGAAAACCUGUUUUUGUGACAAUUUUGUCCCUUGUUUCUACUUAACACUAUUGAGAACAUAAUAUCCCAGUGUAAUAUUUAGACUGUUCAAAAAUCAUCUUUCAUCCAAUUUGCUAACUGAUAUAUAACAUGUAACGAUUAAUUGCAAUGUGAUAACAUAGACAUCUAUUGGCGCGUGAAGAUAUGUCCUUUUUACAAAUUGCAACUUAUCCUAUAAGCCAGUCACCGCUUUGAAAAUUGGAAAUCACGUGUUUAGCUGUUCGAAUAAUUUUAUACAAAAGCGUAUCACCCGAUCGCGAUAAAGUGGCCGACCCUAAAAAAUAGUUCGGGACUUUAUAUAUUGUAUUAUUUGCGUUCUAUAUUUACCCGUUGUUUAUUAUAUCAUAUUAUAUUUUCUUGCACUUUUAUUAUACUUUUUAUUCGAACCGUUUAAUUGGGAUAUUUAUUUUUGCUGUUACUACUUUGUAAUAAUUUCUAUCACAAUGUCAUAGGAUGUUUAAAUAACGAUUUAUUUCCAACAACAGGAAACAUUUUAAUGGCUUGAACUGUAAUGUCAAUGUGUAUUUUUAAAUCGUUGUGCAGGAGUAAAUAAUUUAUUGAGAUCAAUAAUGGUAUUCAUAAACUACGUCCGUGUUACCAAUAUGCACUUUUGUUUAAAUACACGAAAAGAGUCGGGGAACUACCCAACUUCGACAUACUGAUUACUUUCAUCGAGUUCGGUUCACAAGACAUAUUUUAGAAAUCAUUUACAGUAUACGAAUACCAAAAAAAUACAAUUAAAGUUGUUAAAGACCAACAAGUUGUUAAAAGUCAUUGACAAUGUUACUGUGAAAGAAGUUAUCAGUAGCUUUAAAUGCACGUUUUACUUGCACUUACAUUAACUUGGGUAAAGAUCAUAUCAUUAUAAUAAGAUGUUUCCGAAAUAAUAACGUCAAAGCGUUUCCUUCACAUUUCAAGAACAACGCUGAGUAUCAGGCCAUCUGGAGUAAAUGUUUCUAUAUACAAAAAAGUAAUAAUGGCCUAAUGUAUCCACGAUGACCUGAUAUCAAAAGUGG